UGACCAAAGGAAUACAUACAUCACUCUCAACUCUCUCUCUCUCUCACCGUUCCAUUGUUCCAUUUUUCCUCUACUGUUGUAGUUGGUUUAGGUGCCGAAGCUCCGGCUCUUACUCCGUUUUCUCCUCCAUUGGAGAUCUAUUCCAGUAAGUGGAUAAAGCCCUCUUAAGUCUAAAUCCAACUCCACAAAUUAAGGGAAUUUCCCUAUUCCUCAGCCUAAUUAACCUCUUUCUCUGCUUCUUAAUUUUAGAUAAGAGAUAAGUACCCUUAUUAAGAUCCGCCAUAAUCUCAUUUAUAGAAGCAGUAGUGCUUAUAAGUUCUUCUGUCUUGUAUCUUCAUCAUCCUCAUCAGCAACUACUACUUCAUACAUGGGGCUCUCCUCCUUUUCCUGUUUCUAUAUAUGUAUAUAUAUAUAUGUAUGACUCUUCUUCAGAUAUAGUCUGAAACUGAAACUACCCAAGUUACAAAACCAGUUAUUUGUUUUUUUGGGAACCCUUCCUCUCUCUCUCUCUCUCUCUCUCUCUAUCUUUAAUUUCUAAUUUCUAUCUGGCGCUCAUGGAGUCUUGGAGAGAAAUAGAAGGAAAAAUGGUUCAUGACCACCUCGGCAAGAAGAAGAAGAAGAAUAGACGUGUGUGGGUGCCCGGUCCGGUCAUUGUCGGUGCCGGCCCAUCUGGUUUGGCCACGGCUGCUUGUCUCAAGGAGAGAGGAGUACCAAGUUUGAUCCUCGAGAGGGAAAGAUGUAUAGCUUCUCUUUGGCAGCUCAAGACUUAUGACCGACUUUGUCUCCAUCUCCCCAAACAAUUCUGUGAGCUUCCCCUUAUGCCAUUCCCUGCCGGUUUCGCUACUUAUCCAACCAAAGAGCAGUUCUUGGAUUACUUGGAAUCCUAUGCCAAGUUGUUUGAUUUGAAGCCCGUGUUCAACGAGACUGUGAAGAACGCAGAGUAUGAUCACAGCCUUGGGUUUUGGAGGGUCAAGACUAUGGGUUUGAAGGAGGAGGAGACAGAGUAUGUCUGCCGGUGGUUGGUGGUGGCUACCGGAGAGAAUGCAGAGGCAGUGGUGCCGGAGAUUGAAGGGAUUACUCAGUUUAAUGGUCCUAAAGUACACACCAGUCAAUAUAAGAACGGUCAGACUUUUGACGGCAAGAGAAUUCUGGUGGUUGGCAGUGGGAAUUCAGGGAUGGAAGUCUGUUUCGACCUCUGCAACCAUAAUGCUCGCCCUUCUCUUGUGGUCAGAGACGCAGUACAUGUCUUGCCACGAGAGAUGCUGGGAAGAUCAACUUUCGGGCUAUCCAUGUGGUUACUCAAGUGGUUCCCUGUACGCAUCGUCGAUCGAUUCUUACUCUUUGUCUCUCGCCUAAUCCUCGGCGAUACUUCACGAUUAGGCCUCUACCGCCCAUCCAUCGGACCCAUCGAGCUUAAGAACAAGUCAGGCAAGACCCCAGUCUUGGAUGUAGGGACUCUCUCUAAAAUCAAAUCCGGCGAAAUCAAGAUUUGCAGAGCCAUAAAGCGACUAACCCGUUACUCAGCUGAGUUUGUUGAUGGCAAGGUUGAGGAUUUCGACGCCAUUAUCUUUGCAACUGGUUACAAAAGCAACGUUCCUACGUGGUUAAAGGAGAGAGAUUUGUUUUCGGAGGAAGAUGGAUACCCUAAGAAGCCAUUUCCGAACGGAUGGAAAGGGGAGUGUGGACUAUACACAGUGGGGUUCACUAAACGUGGAUUGCUGGGUGCUUCUAUGGAUGCCAGGAAGAUAGCCCAAGACAUCGAAUGCUGUUGGAAAGCAGAGUCCAAGCAUCUCACUGCUGUUGCUCCUUCUCUUCGACCAUCACCACAAUCAUGAUCAUGAUCACUCCUUUUCUUUCUCUCCCUUUUUUUUUUUUUUUUUUUUUUCCAUUACUGACGGAGCUAAUCCUUCUCUCUUUUGAGGGACGAGGAUUUAUCAAUCUCAUUGGUGGUUGUGCCAGUCCUUCCAAGUUUUAAAAAGAUAGAAAGGAAAGAAAGUUGGUGGCACCUUCUCUCUUUCAGGAAAAGAGAGCAAAUUGGGUCACAUGAAGCUCAAGAGCUGCUUGGAUCCUACCUGUGAUUCCAAAAUCAAAAAUCCUCUCCUCGACUCCAGAAUCCAGAAUCUAGACCACUAGAGAGAGGUGGGGGAGAGAGAACCUUUGGAAAUAGAAUUUGAGAAUGGAAGAAGAUGAUUUAAUGUUGUUGCCUGAUGGUGGGGUCUCUGACUACACUAUACUGUACAUCUUGUACAUUGUCAAUAUUUCUCUGAUGAAAGACUUCAUUGUUUUUGGCUUUAGGUUUUGGGGAAAGGUUUUUUAACUGCAUUUGAGAGAGCGAGAGAGAGGACUGGUCUUGUUGAUCCUGGUGAGGGUAUAGAAAUGUAAUGUUUUGUUUUGGUCUUAUUACAGUAAAUUACUUAACCCUGUAUUACUGAUUCUCCAUUGAAUGGAUUGACAUCCUUCUUUUUCUCGGUUUA